CUAGUAAAUGUUUUGAAAUCAAACGUGAUACGACAUUUAUAAUAAAAAUACAAAACUAGUAAAUACCAUAUCAAAUUGGAUCUAAUAGGAUUUCAUCCUAGAACACUCAAUAACAAACAUUAUAUAAGAACUAUUUUUUUUUAUUUUAUUAUUAUUUUUUUUUUACAUACACCAUCUCACAUCAUUAUUUCAUACUUGUAUUUUGCAUCCAUCAUAUAUUAAAUUAUACUCUCCUACAGUCCUACCAACCAAAUAUUAUUAUAUUCUCAAAUUAUCACAAAACUAUUCUAUGAUAUAAAUUGGUCUUACUAUAAAAGUUAGCUAUUUUUGAAUGUGCAACCAUGUAUGUACUGUGUACAUUUCCUUCUAUUCCAUUUUCCAGAAUACUAGUACCUUCCCUUUUUUUUUUUUUUUUUUUUUUUUUUUUUUUUUUUUUUUUUCUGUCUCUCUCUCUCCUCAUAAUCACAUGUCAAUCAAUUCACCUCAUUGAAGAAGAAGAAGAUGAUCCAAUGAAAGUGACAACAAAGUGAGCCCACCUUAAAAAUCCCAAAAUUCCAAAAAUACCCAAAAAAAAAAAAAUACCAUAAUUAUUUCCUUUUAUAUAUAAACCAAAAAAAAAAAAACAAAAAAAAACAAAAAAAACAAUGAGACCUCGCAAUUCAAAAGACUCCCCUACAUCUUCAUACUUCAAGUAUUCCCCCAUUAAAAACCCACCACCAUUAAAGGCUAAGAAGCAACAAUCCUGGUUUCCAACCCGAAAACAGCGCCUUUUUUGUUAUGCAAAAUUAUUCCUGAUCAUAUCAAUGGCAGGACAAUCUCGAAAGUGGGCAAUUCUAGUAGCUACAAUAUGGUUGCAGGCAUUUACUGGUACAAACUUCGAUUUCUCAGCUUAUUCAUCGGAAAUGAAGGUUAUGCUCGGAAUUUCACAAGUUCAGCUGAACUACUUGGCGGUUGCGUCGGAUUUAGGAAAAGCGUUUGGUUGGUCAUCUGGGUUAGCUUUGAUGUAUUUACCUUUGUGGGUUGUUAUGUUCAUUGCUGCUUUCAUGGGUUUUCUUGGUUAUGGUCUUCAAUGGCUUGUUCUUCGUGGCAUUUUUUCUCCCCCUUAUUUUGUGGUAUUUUUCCUAUGCUUAUUAGCUGGGUGUAGCAUCUGCUGGUUCAACACAGUGUGUUUUGUUCUCUGCAUUAAAAACUUCCCAGCAAACCGAUCUCUUGCACUCUCCCUGACAGUCGGCUUCAAUGGUGUAAGUGCUGCACUAUACACCCUAGCAGCUAAUUCAAUUGAUCCAUCGUCAGAUUCCCUCUACCUCUUACUGAAUGCCCUCAUUCCCCUCUUAACUUCCCUUGCUGCCUUAAUCCCAAUCCUUAGGCAACCUGAACUUGAUCCUCUCCCUUCUGAAGCUAUUCAAAGGGAUUCUCUUAUAUUCUUUUUCCUUAACAUCUUAGCAGUCUUGACUGGCCUUUACCUCCUCUUCCUUUCCUCAUCUACAAAUGAAAUGUCAUCAGCACGUAUUCUCUUUGGUGGGGCAAUUUUCCUGCUUAUCCUUCCCCUAUGCAUUCCCGGUGUUGUAUAUGCUCGAGAGUGGUUCAAAGAGAUUCAUACACAUUUCCAAAUUGAUGGCUCAGGUUUCAUUCUUGUUGAAGAUGAUGAUUUGGAGGUCCAUAGGGAAAUGUCCAUACGAGGUGGUGACUAUGCUAGUGAUACCAUGACUUUGCUGGGGAACUGGAAAGAAAAAGGAGAUGAAUCUACUUAUAGCUUCACUGAGUCUACUGCAGCCAAGAGUGAAGUUUGUUGUGGGCCAGUGAUCAGGAAGGACCGAUUGCUGAUUCUAGGGGAAGAGCAUCCUGCUUCUGUACUUGUUCGCAGGGUGGAUUUCUGGCUCUACUAUAUUGCUUAUUUUUGUGGAGGUACAAUUGGGUUGGUUUACAGUAAUAAUCUUGGACAGAUUGCUCAGUCACUUGGGCAGAGUUCCAGCACCACAACUCUUAUAACUCUCUAUUCAUCUUUCUCCUUCUUUGGUCGCUUACUAUCAGCCACUCCUGAUUACAUUCGUGCGAAGUUCUACUUUGCAAGAACAGGUUGGCUAGCAAUCGCACUUACACCGACCCCCAUAGCCUUCUUCUUGCUUACAGGAUCUGGAAGUGCCCUGGCACUACAAACAGGAACGUCGUUAAUUGGACUUAGCUCUGGCUUCAUAUUUGCUGCAGCCGUUUCCAUAACAUCUGAGCUAUUUGGCCCUUCCAGUGUAGGAGUCAACCACAAUAUCCUGAUCACCAACAUCCCCAUUGGUUCCCUGGUUUAUGGUUUACUAGCUGCUGUAGUGUAUGAUUCUGACGCUGUAAACUCUUCACAGGGGAUCUCAAUGGUUACUGAUACCUUGAUUUGUAUGGGGAGACACUGCUAUUUUUGGACCUUCUUUUGGUGGGGAUGCCUCUCGGUUUUUGGACUCUUUUCGUGUGUGCUCUUGUUCUUGAGAACUAGGCAUGCUUAUGAUCGGUUUGAACGUGAUAGAAUUUCUUCUCAACUGGAUUAAGAGGAGGUUGAGGGUUUGUCUGCGGCUCUGCCCUUCUUUUGUACAGAAAAAAAUAUAUUAACAUCCUAUUUUCCCCCUACUCCAUAUGAUGGAAAUGAUGCAUAUUGCGAUUCUAAUCCGUACUUAUUAGCAUUGAAAUUCAUGAUCCUGCUAUAUGAUGAAUCUGCAAAACUGCAAGCCUGCUGGAAGGAAAUGUAAACACAUUGAGUAAUGCUGAAAGGGAUAACAUGUGGAGAGCCAUCACUUUGAUCUUUGAAGUAAUCAUUGUACAGCAUGGUUGACUGUUCUUGAUCUAUUCUGAACAAGUUUGGCUCUCAAAAUUUUGUUUGUCGAUUUGUAAGUCACUCUCUAAUAUGAAACUUUUAUGUUUAUAUCUUGAAUAUUCAUAUCUGUGUUUACGACUUAUGAUCAACUGUACUAGUAUUGUUUCUGCUGAGAUAUAUGUUAAGAACAAGAGUUAGCUCCUGAAAAUUUGGACUUUG